GGCAGUAUCAAGAGGUGCAAAAACCCCAUUUCUAGUCGGUGAUAUGCCAUUUGGAAGUUAUGAAACUAGUGCUAAAGAUGCGUUAAGAAAUGCUAUUAGAUUUAUAAAAGAAGGAAAUAUGGAGGCAAUAAAAUUAGAAGGUGGAACUGAAAUGGAGAAAACUAUUCAACAAAUUACGAGCAUAGGAAUUCCUGUUUUAGGUCAUAUAGGUUUAACUCCACAGCGUAAAUCUUCAUUAGGUGAUGAUGCGAAAGCAUUACAACGAGCUGGAUGUUUUGCAAUAGUGAUGGAGGCAAUUCCUGGACCAGUUGCUGCAUAUAUUACAAAACAAAUACAAAUUCCUACUAUUGGGAUUGGUGCUGGGUCCGGCACAAGUGGACAAGUGUUAGUGCAACAGGAUAUGCUGGGGAUUUUUGAUAAAUUUGUGCCAAA